AUUAUACGCCUGAAUCAUGGGCGGCGCAUAUCAGAGAUCACGUAACCCCUCAACUAGGAGGCGAUGUGCGCAUCAACGAAGACAGCAUCAUGGUUGAUGAGAGCGCGCAGUGCGUCGCACUGUCUCUAUGGCUCAAAUUCAAACCCGAGAUGCCGCUACUAGGCUACCAACCCAAGGGUCGAGACGUCCUAUUCAUAGAGCGCGGAUUCAUCUGGUUCACAGAUGGGAAGCUGUCGAAGGGCUUAUUCGUAAUAAAUGACGACGAAAUGCGCACGCAGCUGGCGAAUCCCGGGACGGAUUUUGCGCCCAGCCUAAUCAGCGAAUAUCCCGUCCCUCCAGUACGGACGCCACUAUCUCGCGAACAGCUAGAGGAGGUCUACAGGGCGUACGUCGACAUGUUCAACUCGCGCGAAACGGAUGUGGCCUAUUCGAAGUACGUCCAUCAGCCGGAGAAGAUGCUUAACAACAAAACCCUGGCGCGCCGCAUCAUGGACGAUGCGAUGGCAGCUAUCCCGGACCUGCAGUGCCAGAUUCACACGCUGGUAGCGGAUGAGAAAUUGCAGCGCGUGGCUGUGUGGCUUAAGUUCUCCGGAACUCCGAUCAAGCCGUACGCAGGUCUGGUAGCGAACGGCCACCCCGUCUUUUUCACUGAACAAGCCACCUAUCAAUUCUUGGACGGGAAGAUCGAGCGGAUAUGGGGUAUGAUGGACUUCAGCGAGGCGAGACUGGCGCAACAACCGGAGUCUACGAUGCCGCUUGUUAUACCGGUGAUUUGAAAUUCGAUAUGAAUUUUGGCAUGGCGGAGGUGGAAUCUCGGAAUCUUAUGAUACCCAUGGUGUCGCGAUAUGACACGGUUGAGGAGCUGAUAUAGAUGGUUAUACACAAUGUUAAGGAUCGGAAGGUAGUUUUGUUUUUUGGUUGAUUGUUUUUAUUUACCUAGGUACGCACCUACGUAAUUAUGAGUUUCUCAUAGGUUGGAUAUUGGAAGUUGGGGUUUUGAUUGAAGCUUAGGAUAGGAUUGGAUUCUUCAGCGCACAUAGCCGUUGCUCAGGUGCAUUAGCUUAUGACGCGGCUACUCUUGUAACACGUUUUAAUACGGGAUUUAUUACUAGUUCUGUUCAUCCCGCAAUUCGCAUUUUUCACAUGCUAAAA